GUGCAGGUGUUCUUUGACAAAGUCGCUAGCGAAGAUAACGCAACUGGCAGUCAAGGGACGCAAAUGCAUCGUCGAUGAUGAUCUGCUGAAUGUUCAACAUUCCGCCCGGGCUUCUUUCUUUCCAUCUUAUUGACAGAUACUCCGUAACAUUCGACAUACCGAUUUUCUUUUUCCCAGUGGAGGAAGACGUCCACACGACUCGACUCGAAAUCUCGACCUCGUUCCACCCAAUUCUAUCCCAAGGCACCGUCUUGUAUGCGACUGUCGCAUAACUCUGGCCAAAUGUCUCCAUCAAGUCGACGUGGGCCUUGGCUACCCGAGGAGGAUGCCACGCUCCUGCGACUUGUGAAAACUCAGGGACCAAACAACUGGGUACGAAUUUCUCAGCACAUGCAACAUCGAUCUCCCAAACAGUGCAGAGAACGAUAUCACCAGAACCUGAAACCCAGUCUGAACCACGAACCGAUCUCUGCGCAGGAGGGAGAACUCAUCGAAGGGCUGGUGAGAGAUCUGGGCAAACGAUGGGCUGAAAUCGCUCGGCGGCUGGGGAAUCGAAGUGACAAUGCGGUCAAGAACUGGUGGAACGGCAGUAUGAAUCGACGCAAAAGACAUUCGGUUCACCCGGGCGGUGGCGGCGGCGGCGGCAGCAGCAGCACAUCUGGUGUCGGUUAUCGCACUCAUCCUAUCCCAGCUUCAGGUUCUCCGAGGCAAAUCUACCUAAGGCAACAUGGCGUCGCUUCGACAAAUAUAUACCACCGAGCCCGAUACCCUCGAGAGCCACCGACCACGUCUUACGAAGAACGACCUUACAUGUAUGAGUUGGGGAGCAACUAUGAAUCGCAAAGGCAGGAACAGGAUCGGCUUUUCCAUUCAGCUCAAAUUCGCAUCCAGCGACCGCUGGCUCAUCCCCUACACUCACCAAACUCCCCUCCUCACACCAAUGUACCGAAGAGCAUUCUUCUGCCUCACCCGUCCCAUCACCAAGGAACGACUUUCGCACCUUCCCUGCCUAGAUUUCAGUCCUGCCCUCCAGCUCCGUCAAUACCUCGGACCGACUGGCACCACCUACCGCCUCUCACCCAUCUCGAACCACCCAUCCUAUCUCCGGCAGCGACGGAUGUUUCUCAUACUUCCUCAAACUGUCAACAAGCACCGUCUCUGGUGUCGGACAACCAGUCCAAUUGUUCGAUCUCGCCCAAAACCAUCCCUUCGCCUCGACCUGGAAUGCAGUCCUCGAACACGUUGCCGGUACAAUUGUGGUCCGAGAUGCAGCAGCAGCGACCGUACAGCAGGGGAAGUUACCAUCACGAUGGCGGCGUCGGAUCUGACCGAGCAGCAGUAGCAGAAUACAAACAAGAUCAGGGACAUUUGGGAGCAGCAGCAGCAGCGUAUCAAGCGGCGGCGCCGCUCUUGCCAGCUCUGGAACCUGCACCACACUACUCUUUACACAGGCCGAGGUCGAGUCCAUCGAGAGAAGAUUCUACGGCUGGAUCUGCCAGAGGUACUUUUACGGCAAAGGAUACUCGGAUGGACGUAUCACGUCUACUGGACUGAUUUUUCUUUUCACACACUCACGUCGAGACAUCAUUUUUAUCUCGUGUUGUCGAACGUGAAAGCGUUGCUUUACCUUGGGCGUUAUUGAGCAGUCCUUGUUUAAUUGUGGCUAAAUGGGAUGUCUCCCCUGAUGUGUUUAAUGUUGUUGAUGAUGCUGGAGGACUUUUCUUUUUGUUUUGAUAUGCCUUAAUAUAUUGAUGAUACCCAGGGAAAAACCACUGGGUCAAGGUGAUAGGAGUUUUUGUUUUGAGAGAUGAAUGAGAUAUUUGUACAAUAGCUUGAGCUUUCUACGAGAGGAAGAGAGAGAGAGAGAGAGAGAGAGAUAGAGAAGAAUAGGACCACGAAAAUUGGAUUUUGACGGCAACACAGCAAGGACAUGACAAACAAACCCCCCAUGCUACCUACC